CCCUGAAGGCAGCAUAUCAAGCGACGGCACUAAGUGUUACGGCUAAACAUUUACAACUAGAAACAGCGACGGUUUCGUCUAAAGAAAGUACUUUUCCACAAUGUCAAACGUCGGUCCAGAUGGUUCUGCGGCAGAGUCGGGCAACAGGCGUCUGCAGCAGACUCAGGCCCAGGUGGAUGAGGUAGUGGAUAUUAUGCGUGUGAACGUGGACAAAGUGCUGGAACGAGAUCAGAAACUGUCUGAACUGGACGACAGAGCAGAUGCGCUGCAGGCUGGAGCCUCCCAGUUCGAGACCAGUGCUGCGAAACUGAAAAGGAAGUACUGGUGGAAGAACUGCAAGAUGUGGGCCAUCCUGAUAGCUGUUGUAGUGAUCAUCAUCGUCAUCAUUAUCAUUUGGAGUUGCUCUUAAACCAGCAGCAGGAUGAAGAGUGAAGUUAAAAAAAAAUGAAAAGUGGGGCAAAGUGCAUACUUCAAGUCUCAGAAGAAAUCACAUGAUCACAAAAUUCACCUCUGUUCAUUCCUUGUCCUGUAUUGCUGCGUGUGUGUUUUUUGUGUGCCUUAGUAAAAGGCUGUUUAUCUGCAGGUUUACUCUGUAAUAAUAUAUUAACGUAAUGCAUUGCAAAACUAAUUUAAAGCCCACAUCUUCACAAGCCAAAGAGAACAUAGUACAAAUACAUCUUUUACAUGAAUUAUCAAAGUUGUGACACGGUGCCCACACACAUACGUACACUUCCCACGCUUCAGACCAGAAGUGUUGUAAACUUUUCCGCUUAUUAAAUUAUGCGUUAACACACUCAUUUUGUGUGCCGAGCUAAGAAAUGUGCCUUUGAUGAUGAUCUGUGUCAAAAGGUUUUGCUUUUCAGUGAUAUAACUCUUUUGAUAUUUCUUGUUUUAAAGAUGGAUUUUGUCUGUUUUCCAAAUUGUUACAGUUGACUAGUGUAUUGUGGGUUUCAAUGCGUUAUUGUAUUUUUUCACGAUGAAAUGCUAAUUGACGUAUUUGUAGGAGACAUGACAAACAGAAGUGGUUGGAGAGGAAGUUUAGAUUGUUUUGAACCACCUGAUCACACAUCCCUGCAUUCAUCCUUCCCUUCGGUAGCACUCCCCCAUGCUGUAAAGCUAAAACGGGCUUGUGUAGAAAAGUGCCUAUGCCAAGACCAAACAGCCUUCUGUCCUUACAAAUGUCAAGGAUACUGCCUCAAAAAGUAAAAGAGAACAGAACAAAAGUGCUGGCAUUAGGUAAAUAGUCUCAUUUAGGAGCUCUAAAAAUAGCAAAAAGUAGCUUUAUGUGAAAUGUUUAAGCACAACGUACAUAAAUGUAAUUUUAGACGGAUGUAAUGAGUUUCUCCAAUGGAGAACAGCAAAUACAGCCAUAACUUAUUGAUCAUGUGUAGCUGCAGUGAAGCGUAGUGCCUUCUGAGUGCUCCAUGUGCAGUUACUGUGCCCCCCACCCCCUGCUUUAGUCAGCUGAAUUUAACCUCUAAUAAACUCCUCGGUUAAACCCCACUGGCAUUCAUUCCAUGUGAUUAAUGUAAUUCUCACAUGUAAUAUCCCAGUUUCAGUAUAGAACGGCUUUUAUUUGCAUCUUCUUACAAUAUAAAACUAAUUAAAUGCCAGGGAGGUUAAAGUAUGUUGAUGGCGUUUAUCUUGCUACAGCUGAACUCUUAGAAGUGCCAUUGUAAUUUAUGCUAUACCAACACUGGAUUGGGGAUUUUUCUCUGUUGUACAUUUCAAUCCGACUGUUGACUUCUGAAGAAUACAUUUGGUUGUUGGCAUUUGCAGUGCUUCUAUGAUAAUUACACAGAAUACUCACAAAGAUGGGCUCUUUAGAUGUUGUUUUUUAGGUUAGGCAGGCUGUAGCCUUCUUCAAAAAUGUUUAUCGACCAUUAAAAUGCAUGUACAGGCCACAUUUUUUAUUACAUACAACAGGCAGUGUAUUAUUUGUUUCUUUUUACAAUGUUUUCACACCCAAUAACUUUUAAGCCUUAUGCCUACCUAACGUAUGUGGGAAAAAAUGCUAUUGUACGCUUGGCUUUAAAUAACUAUUGCUUAAAUAAACAGAUAAGUUAUGAUAAAA